AGGACUGCUUUGACAAGCCCAGCUAGGCUCCGUUAUUACAUAACGGGUACUUGCAAGUGACACUCCAAAACGUCGCAGCAACCCCGCGGCGCUAGCGCUGCUGCCCGCCCUGAUAGCAGUAUCCAGGACCCUGACAAUUGUGCGGAAACAUCCAUAAAUUGGCUCGGCCACGGUGACUAGUAUCCACGACCGACUUGCACGGACUAGUCACGAAUUGGCAGGGUGCAUCAUGCAACUGUCGGAGAUUUGUUGUGUUGUGAUUGCCUUCCACGGUGGUGACGCAAAUAGGAUUGUCCUGGGAGUGUUGCUGUUAUUGUUUGCGUAUAGCAUACCAUAUCAAACUCAAGCUUCCUUGACAAAUGUAGAAAAUUGCAAGGUUUGGGGUGGCCAUAAUGCGGCUCAGGUGCCCCGAAUUCCUACAAAGUUCACUUCUUCCAAGAUGAAGCACAUUCCCUCAUCGAACGUGACAUCAGAUUGUAUUGAAGGAAUACAGUCGUUCAUUCCAGGUGGACUGCAACACAGCUCAAUUUAUGGCAAAUCCAAUUAUGUCGGGGCUUACCGCAGCCUCGUUUUCUCCGGGCUGCAACUAGACGAUAGCCUACUCGUCCUUCCCCUGCAAUUGACCAAAGGGCUACAGCCUUUUCUUGACUUACACCGGCCUCAAAGCAUUCAGUUCACAGCUUAGUGAUUCUUCGACUCUUCGAUUAAAAUCCAGGCUUCGGGCCGUGAGCCGACUCGAGCCUAAGCCGAACCUGAGCCGGUUUGCAGCAUUAGACUGAGUGCAGCCUGGUCUUAG